AUGCUCGUACUUGAGAGCAGUAACCGCGAAUUUGGACCUAGCUCCAAGACGUACACACACCCAGAAGGUGGGCAUCAUCUGCCUCUGGCCCAAGCUUUGGAAGCCUCGUCUAGACGUCUUGCUGCUGCUUUUACUCAAAAGCGUGAUCUGACCGAGUUGUAUGGCGCUCAAUCUGAGCAAAUGUCAGUUUUGGCAUCUUGUGCAAUCUCCAACUCUACGAUAAUCAAACCAAGGCGCAAGAGACUUCAAACUCAACGACGACGCGAGCAAUGCCGUAACAACCAAGCACGAUACCGAACAAGACAACGCGAAUCUAUCCACGAGCUCCAAGAUUGUGUCGAACAACUGCGAGAAGAAGUGCAGAACUUGUCUGCGACGCGUCACACGCUGUGCUAUGGCGUCCAAACCAAGAACAACAUUUGGCAUGCCGUGGUUGAAUACUUUCGCCUCUUUCGCUACGGAUAUCUCGCGCCAAUGAGUGAGCCCAAUCCAUCCAAUCUCCGAGACCAAGAAUGGUUUCUUCGGUCUGCGAUGUCACCAGACAUUGUGAUCGGAGAACAGAGUGGCGUUGACGCUCUUAUUGAACAGUGGCGGCGCUAUUCAACUUACUUUGGAAAUCUCAAUUUCCAACUGAAAGGGAUGGAAGAACAGCCUUUUGGAGCCUUAGUGGCAACUGCAUCUUUCAGUUUUACCAUCACAGAAACCUCGUUGCGGCAUGUAUUCCCGCAUCUGUUAGCAACUUCUGGUGCUGAACAUACCGGCUUUGGCACAGAACACGCUGUGCUGUGGACUCGCCUGCUCGGUCGCCGACUCGACUGUCGGUGUUCAUUGCGAUUUCAAUGGGAUGAUUCGGCCGGGCGCGUGACGCAGCUGGACUGGAAAAUGGACUUGCUAACGACGUUGCUUCGAGUACUUGGCAAUCUCGAGGAUGUGAAUCGUGUGCUGGAAAAAGCCCUCAUUACACCUACGAACUUGAUCAAAGAUCUACCGACGAAAGCUGAAUAA